AUGUCGUCGAAUGCUACGACCCCGGGCGGCGAGGCCACAACGGCUCCCGCCGCGACACCGGGCACUUCCGCACCCGCAGAGACGAGCGCCGCCGCCGUCACCACCACUCCUCCGGCAGAGACCUCCGCAGCAGCGGCUCCUACCACCGCGCAACAACCCACGACGCAGCAAACCUCCGCGGCAGCAGCACCAACCACGUCUCAAGCUCCGGCAGCGACGACUUCUGCGGCAGCUGCACCAACUACUCAGCAGCAGAACACGACUCCGACUACUCAAGCUGCCGAAAGUACUACCCAGCAACAGCAAACUACCCUAGUCGCGACUACUGUCGUCAUCACGCCGACCGAAGCGGGAGGUCAGACAAGCACCAUCUUUACCGUCAUCACUCAGACCAAGGGUGUCACGCAGACCGGCACUGCUGCCAGCUCAUCUGCUUCCGCUACGGCAUCAGGCGGCGCCAUCAACUCCGGCGGUAAUUCCAAGGGCGGUCUUGGUAACGGGGGCACUAUCGCGGUUGCUGUUGUCGUACCCAUCGCUGCCGUUGCCCUGCUCAUCCUGGCUGGCCUGUACUUCUGGAGAAAGAGGAAGCAGCGCAAGGACGCCGAGGAGGAGCGACGAAAGGAGGUCGAGGACUAUGCCUACAACCCGAACGCGGACCCCACAAUCCCGUCCCUUGGCGAUGGCGGCUCAUACGAAAUGAAGGAAGAUGCGGCCUCAUCCGGAUACCGUGGUUGGGGUUCUACCACUCUUGCCGGCUCCACCGGACGUAAGGCGUCCACGACCAUGUCCGGAGGCAACACAGGUGCGGCAUACUCGGAUACAACUUCACCCAGCCAUGGAGGAACUGACAACCGUUCAGGAGAGCCUUUGAUCAACGACGGCUCGUACUCACCUGAUGGCGAAAUUCUUGGCGCCAUGGGCCCUUCAGCAGCCAUGAACCGUGGAGGCGGUGUUCAACGUGGACCUUCCAAUGCGUCAUCUUCCUACAGCGCAGGGAACCACUCAGAUACCUCUGACGGAAUCGGCAUGGCAUACAGCGGCGGCGGCAGCAACGGCAAUGGCAAUGGGAAUGGUUACUACGAUCAGUACGCCAACAACCCGUACUCUGACAGCCCUUACGCCAACCCGGCUACUGAGCUCCCCGGCCAACCGGUCAUCCGCGACAACCCAGCUCGUCGCAACACUCGGAUUGAGAACCCCUCGCACUAUCCCCAACAGCAAAACGCUGGUAUUUCCCAGAACUUCUAG